UUCCGGUUCUGCGCAGUAGAAUGCGCCGCAAUUACAUCACCAUCAGCAGGCUCUGCAGAAGUAAAAGUGCGCUAGCAAUAAAGAUCACUCCUUGAUGUGAUGGCCAAUCCUAAAGUUGCGCUUGUGACCGGCUCCAACAAGGGUAUCGGUCUGGCGGUUGUGCGUGCACUGUGCAAGGAGUUCGCAGGGCACGUAUACCUGACCUCCCGGGAUGUGGGUCGAGGAACAGCGGCAGUAGAGAAUCUGAAAGCGGAAGGUUUGAAACCUUCGUUUCAUCAACUGGAGAUCACAGACUCGGAGAGUGUGCGUGCAGCACGGGACUACUUCCAGGAAUACUAUGGUGGUGUGGACGUUCUCGUCAACAAUGCCGCCAUAGCAUUCAAAAUGGCCGACACAACACCAUUUGGAAACCAAGCAGAGGUGACACUCAAAACCAACUUUUUCGCAACCAGAGACAUGUGCAAUGUGUUUCUUCCCAUCAUAAAACCCGGUGGUAGAGUUGUAAACAUCUCUAGCGGCUUGGGCUCCACUGCCCUGAGCAAAUGCAGCCCGGAGCUUCAGGCCCGCUUCCGCAGUGAUGACAUCACAGAGGAAGAGCUGGUGGCCUUGAUGGAACGCUUCGUCAAGGAGGCCCAGGAGGGCGUUCACAAGGAGAGAGGCUGGCCCAGCACCGCAUACGGCGUCUCCAAGACAGGACUCACCGUCCUCUCCAGGAUCCACGCCCGCAGGCUGAGGCAGGGGAGACCUCAAGACGACAUCCUGCUCAACGCCUGCUGCCCAGGCUGGGUGAGGACUGACAUGACAGGGCCCAAUGCUACUAAGUCACCAGAGGAGGGCGCUAUCACCCCUGUGUACCUCGCCCUGCUGCCCCCAGGGGAAAAAGAACCUCACGGACAGUUUGUGUCGGAGAAGGCCGUGCAGCCUUGGUGAGAAGGUUGUGGAUCAGGGGAGUCUAGAUCUCUUGAUGGUAAUUUACCUCCCCGCAUUGUUUUUAUGUAAUGGUAUUUUUACAUCGAUUGUGUAAAUGCUCAUUGAUGAAUCAGGCCAUAGCAUUUCAAUUGCAGGAGGCUAGUUUACAAAGAAAAUGAUUUGGCUCUGUGUGCAGAAAUAUUGUGUGUAAUAUUAUUGUCAGGUGCAUCAUAUUAAAGUUAAAGUGUACAUGUAAGUAUUUCAUCUUUUCAAAUUAGGCUACUUUUUCAUUAAUAUUUCAAUGAAGAAUAUUUUUAAAACAAUUCAAUAAAAUCAUAAGCUCUC